AUGGCCAGUCUGCGAUUAACUUUACUAAAUGAAACAAAAGAGGUGCGAGCAGCAGGAUUGCGAGCCCUCCGCUAUCUCAUUCGAGACUCCAGUAUUCUCAAGAAGGUGCUAAAGUUGAAAGUGGAUUACUUGAUAGUCAGGUGUAUUGACAUACAGCAGAGUAAUGAAGUAGAAAGAACACAAGCACUUCGAUUAGUCAGAAAGAUGAUCACUGUGAAUGCUUCAUUGUUCCCCAGUUCUAUUACUAAUUCUUUGAUAGCAGUUGGAAACGAUGACCUUCAAGAAAGAGACAGAAUGGUUCAAACAUGUAUAGCCAUUAUAUGUGAACUAGCACUUCAGAAUCCUGAGGUGGUGGCUCUUCGGCGUGGUUUGAGUACCAUCUUGAAAAAUGUGAUUGAUUGUCAGCUAAGCCGAAUAAAAGAGGCUCUGAUAACUACAGUUUUGCACCUCAUUAAUCAUCCAAAGACCCGACAGUAUGUGCGAGCAGAUGUAGAGUUAGAGCAAAUUUUAGCUCCUUACACAGAUUUUCACUACAGGCAUAAUCCAGAUACAGCAGAAGGACAACUCAAAGAGGACAGAGAAGCACGGUUCCUAGCUAGUAAAAUGGGAAUAGUGGCAACAUUUUGAUCAUGGGCAGGUAUUAUCAGUCUGUGCAAACCUGGAAAUUCUGGGAUUCAGUCUCUUAUUGGGGUGCUCUGUAUACCAAAUAUGGAAAUACGGCAAGGUCUGCUUGAAGUUCUUUACAAUAUAUUUCGCCUACCUCUCCCUAUGGUUGCAGAAGAAUUUAUUGAGUCACUUCUUAGUGUAGAUCCAAGCAGAUUUCAGGACUGCUGGAGACUUUCUGAUGGCUUUGUAGCUGCUGAAGCUAAAACUAUACUACCACAUCGAGCCAGGUCAAGGCCUGAUCUCAUGGAUAAUUACUUGACUUUAGUGCUUUCAGCUUUUAUUACUAAUGGACUUCUAGAGGGUCUGGUUGAAGUGAUCACAAGUAGUGAUGACCAUGUAUCUGUUAGAGCAACUAUCCUUUUAGGAGAACUUUUGCACAUGGCAAACACAAUCCUUCCUCAUUCUCACAGCCAUCACCUACACUGCUUACCAACACUAAUGAAUAUGGCAGCAUCUUUUGACAUCAUGAAAGAGAAAAGACUACGAGUAAGUGUCGCACUCAACUGCUUAAAACGCUUUCAUGAGAUGAAGAAAAGAGGACCUAAACCUUACAGCCUCCAUUUAGAUCAUAUUAUUCAGAAAGCUAUCUUAACCCACCAAAAAAGGGAUCAGUACCGUGUGCCAAAAGACAUCUUUAUUUUAAAGGAUACAGGAGAAGCACUUGUAAUGAAUCUUCGAGACAGCCAAGUUCUCAGUCAUAAAGAGAAUCUCGAGUGGAAUUGGAAUCUGAUAGGGACCAUACUGAAGUGACCAAAUGUAAAUCUAAGGAACUAUAAAGAUGAACAAUUGCACAGGUUUGUAAGGAGAUUGCUAUAUUUUUACAAGCCUAGCAGUAAACUGUAUGCCAACCUGGAUCUGGACUAUGCCAAAGCUAAGCAGCUCACUGUGGUGGGUUGUCAAUUUACUGAAUUUCUUCUUGAAUCAGAAGAGGAUGGACAAGGUUACCUGGAGGAAUUGGUUAAAGAUAUUGUAAAUUGGCUCAAUUCUUCAUCGAGAAUGAAUGAGUGUAGUCUUCAAAAUAAUGGGUUACUAAAUACCCUUAGCCAGCACUACUUUCUGUUUUUUGGUACUCUCUCUUGUCACCCUCAUGGAGUGAAAAUGCUUGAAAAAUGUAAUCUGUUUCAGUGUCUUCUUAAUCUUUGUUCUUUGAAGAACCAGGAUCACUUGUUAAAACUGACUGUUUCUAGUUUGGAUUACAGCAGAGAUGGGUUAGCAAGAGUGACCCUUUCUAAAAUCCUGACAGCAGCUACUGAUAAUAUUGUUACAGAUCUAAGUUACACUGUUCAUUCCCCAGUGCUGGAUAAGUGGGAAGGAAUUAAGGAGCUGAAAGCAACCCUUUGGGCCUUGGGCAAUAUUGGAUCAUCAAAUUGGGGUCUUAACUUGCUUCAAGAGGACAAUGUAAUUCCCGAUAUAAUGGCACUUGCACAACAUUGUGGGAUUCUCUCCAUUAGAGGAACCUGUGUCUACACGCUUGGUCUAAUAGCCAAAACUAAACAAGGAUGUGACAUUUUGAAGCAUCAUAACUGGGAUGCAGUGAGACACAGUCAUAGACAACCUUGGCCAGUGGUCCCUGAUGACAUGGAGCAGCUUUGCACCGAACUUUCUUCUAUACCCAGUACUCUUAGUUUGAACUCUGAGUCCACCAGUUCUAGGCAUAACAGUGAAAGUGAAUCUACACCUUCAAGUAUGUUCAUCAUGGAGAAUGACCGUUUUGGUAGUACUUUCACUAGUAUGUUUUUCCUAGGUAUUACUGAAGAUGCAGAACAAAUAUUUUAUGACAGACCUGGACCUUCAAAGGACAAAGACCAUAGUCCCUUUCCUUUUUUUUCUUCUAGCAGACUUGUGAAAAAUUGUAUUCUGAACUCUCUUACUCUACCUAAUAAAAAAUAUAGAAGUAGCAGUGAUCCGAAAGGAGGAAAGCUGACAUCUGACAGUAAAUCAGACCUGAGGCGACAUCGUACUGUAACAGAACCUCCCAGUAGCAUAGGAUUUCCUGUUGGGGAAGAAUUCAACCAUGGUUUUAGAGUUCCUAAAAUCCGGACUUUAGGAUUAGAAACUUCUUUUGUUGAAAGUAAACACAUGGAAGAUACUGAUAGUACCCCAAGUGUUGGAGAAAAUGAUCUGAAGCUGACAAAAGGUCUUAAAGUUCACCAGGAAAGCACAAACAGAGAAAGGCUAAUAGGAGAUGGUACUACACAAACACAUUUUAAGAGUCAUAGCUUAAGUUUUAAUACAGAUAGCACAACAAGUGGCAUAAACUCAAUGAGCUCUAGUCCUUCGAGGGAGACUGUAGGUGUGGACACUACAAACAUAGAUACUAACUGUGGAAGUUUGAGUACUGUGGUAAGCACAAAAACAGUUAAACCAAGUCACUGUUCAACACCACAGUCUAACCACCUGCAUCUCUCAAAAUCCCACUCUGUUUCCCUGGUACUGCCAGGGUCUUCUCAUACACUUCCUCAAAGUGCCCAGUCCCUUAAGGCUCCUUCUCUUGCUACAAUAAAAAGUCUUGCUGACUAUAAGUUUAGCUACACAAGUUCUCGAGAUGCCUUUGGCUAUACUACUUUGAAACGCUUACAACAGCAGAGGAUGCAUUCUUCAAUGUCUCACUCAGAAACCCUGGCAUCUCCAGCAAAGGAUGUGCUGUUUACUGACACUAUUACCAUGAAGUCUGGCAGCCUGGAUUCUCAGUUGACCCCAAGACGGUUCACAAAAGCUUUAAGUUAUGCUUCAUUAGAUAAAGAAGAUUUAAGUCCUAUUAACCAAAACACACUUCAGCGUUCCUCCUCUGUUUGCUCCAUGGUUUCUAAUGCUACCUAUGGUAGCUCUGAUGAUUACAUAGGCCUUGCUCUCCCAGUGGAUAUCAAUGAAAUAUUUCAGGUGAAGGAAACUCCAUAUUUCCAAAAGAAAACCACACCUCCCUUUGACGACCAUGGAGCUAGGGUCUUUGCACCUGAUGCAGAAGAAAAUACAGAUGAUACGGGGCUACAGGAACACACAAAUGAGAACUGCCUUUACUGUGUCUGCAUUCAAAUACUGGGUUAACAACCUAACAACAAAGUGAGCUCUUUAUAUAGUCAUACAGAUUUUUCAGACAUGCCAUAUACUGACUGGUGUGGGCAGACCAUACACAACCACUUAGAUGUGCAUUCCUCCAAAUUUUCUGGAAUUUCAGACUGUAGUGAUGCAGUAUCCCAUGGUUCAGCUAACAGCACCAAGAGUACAGAGCUUGUACUAGGAGUAAAAUCAAUCCCAGAGAAUACACCAGUGUGCAGUAUACUUCUGCGGAAAGAAGUCUUACGUUUAGUAAUCAAUUUGAGAAGUUCAGUAGGAACUAAGGGCCAUGAAACUGGACUCCUGACAAUUAAGGAGAAGUAUCCCCAAGCAUUUGAUGACAUAUGCCUUUACUCUGAGGUGUCCUUCUUGUUAGCAAAUUGUACAUUUCGACUUUCAUCUCGAAGGUUCAUUCAGGAGUUAUUUCAAGAUGUACAGUUCUUACAAAUGCAUGAAGAAGCAGAGGCUAUUUUAGCAACACCAACAAAACAACCAGUAAUUGAUACAUCAACUGAGACCUGA